AUGUCGACGACGCCCGACGUCCCUACGCGUCGCCCGACGUAUCCCCUCGCCCAUGCCUUUCGUCGCAAACCCCGCCGCAUCCCGCUUGUGCUGCGCUUCUCAAAGGGCGCGGUGCACGACAUCAUUCUCUUGCCUGUGAUCCUGCACUCGCUCUUUACCGUCCUCAUCGUGUACAUCGACACUCGCUAUGUCGACUCGAUCAGCAUCCCGUCGACCAUCAUCCCCUCGCUCUCCAUCGUCGUGGGUUUGAUGCUCGUGUUCCGCAACAGCACCAGCUACGACCGUUUCUGGACGGGACGAAACUGCCUGACGACCAUCAACACCGCCGUACGCAACCUCGCACGAAUCUCCCUUGUCAACUCGCGUGACAAGGACGGCUACGCGACCGAAGAACAGCGCCGAGACACCGAACGCAUCGUCCGCGUCCUCAUCGCCGUCUUAUACUCAAUCAAACACAACCUCCGCGCCGAAUUCAACAUUCCCCCCGCUAGCCUCGCCGCCCUCCCUCCCCACCCAACAUCCUACUCCUCGCAGCGCUCCCGCCCCGUCUCCCGGCGCCCCAGCUACAUCGACCGCACCGCCUCCUCCAGCGCCGCACAAAGCACCUCCACCACCCCUCUCCUCGGCCAAUCUACCCUCACCCUCGAAAACGGCGAUGGCAUCGUACACACCAAGAAAGACGAAUACGUCUCCCUCCUCCCAGAUGGCCUAAUGGGCUACGAAGACCAAGGCCUCGGUCUCCCGCUUCAACUCACCAUCCUAAUCGAAGGCUACAUCCGCCGCGGCGCCGACCGCGGCUGGUUCAACGCGCCCUUGUCCUCUCAAAUGAGUGUACAAAUCAACUCGCUCGUCGAUGCCUACGGCCGCAUGGAAACCAUCCGCUCCACCCCCAUCCCCGUCGCCCACCUCAUCCACCAAAAACAAGUCCUCGCCCUCUACGCCUGCGUCCUACCUUUUGCCAUUGUCGACGACUACAGGUGGUGGAGCGUCCUCGUCGUCGCCAUCGUUACGUUUACUCUCUACGGCAUCGAGGGCAUUGGUGUUCAACUAGAAGACCCGUUUGGAUACGACAAGAAUGAUAUCAAGAUGGAUGGCAUUAUUGAAGAUACGAGACAGGAAAUUAUGGUGCUCUUGGAUGAGUGGAAGGCGAGUCAUGAGGGCAGGGCUAUGGGUGGUAUGUUUGAGAAUGAUGCUUAUUACUAG